AAACUUUUUGUGAACCUUUGACCACUCCGACGACAACCAGCACACCCGACAAUCUUGUGCCCUCGACAACACCGACGCAAUGGCCGCCAACAAGAAAGGUACGACAUGAUAUGAGACAACAAAGAGGGAAGAGAAGAAAGGGGAAAAGAAGAAAAUCGGAAGGGCGAAAGCGAAAUUGAGCAAGAAUUUGAACGACGAUGUUAUGGCGACUCUCGAGAGAUCAAAUCAUUACAUCGCCUCGAUGCAACUACAUCCGUUGCGACAACUGCUAUGACCGAUCAGCUUCGCUUCUACGUCAUCGUCUUCUUCGCGUCGAUACCACCGACCUUUCGACUCGAUCCAUCUUCUGAUUCUCCUCUUCGACUCUUACCCUCCGAGUUCAUACUCUACCGCAUCAUGCUGCAGCAGAUUUUGCGAGUUCUGAAUAAGAGCGAAUGCUGAUGCUUUCAAUAACAGUUCAGCCUAAGGGCAAGGGUAACAAGAAGGCCCAGGAUGCCGCCAAGGCCGCUCUCAAGGGCUCCAACUCCCACAAGAAGGUCAAGGCUCGCUUCAGCACCUCCUUCCACCGCCCCAAGACCCUGAUCACCUCGCGAGCCCCCAAGUACCCUCGCCGAUCCAUCCCUCACCAGCCUCGCCUCGAUGAGCACAAGAUCAUCGUCCACCCUCUCAACACCGAGAGCGCGAUGAAGAAGAUGGAGGAGAACAACACUCUCGUCUUCAUUGUCGACAUCAAGAGCAACAAGGCCCAGAUCAAGCUUGCCCUCAAGAAGCUCUACGACAUUGACUGUGUCAAGAUCAACACCCUCAUCCGCCCUGAUGGCACCAAGAAGGCCUACGCUCGCCUGACCCCCGAUGUCGAUGCUCUCGACAUUGCUGCCAACAAGCUCUCUCUCGUCUAAAAAUACCACUGGGCUUGUGGGUUUCUGGCUUCUUUGGCGUGUCUUUGGGUUGGUUUUUGGCCUGCUGAAAAUGCAAGGCAAUGGGCAUCGGAAUAGGCGUAAAAAGAACUUCUCGUUGAGAGUGCAAAUGAUCAUGAAUUCAAUACCACCCGGGACACGGCUCCGCUUAGUCGUCUAAGAUGCUGCCUUGAUAUGAUUUGAGUGACAAUACGUGAAUGUGAUUUGUAGUUACGGGUCGCAAGUAUUCUUGCAUUGUUUGUUUCCAACAAGUUUUGGGGAAUAAUUGGUAGAAAUUACGGCUAAUAGAUUUGGUGACAUACCAUGAACAAUGUGCCAGUUAAGUCAAGUCAAGCCAUGACGAUUUUAGAUGAACCUUUCCCCAACAAUCAAGGUUGAGAACUUUUUUUUAAAUCGUUCAUAAUGUACAUAGCCCAAUUGCCAGUCUCUGACCAAAAGAGCCCCAG